AUGCCCAGUGACCUAGAAGACGAUUACAUAUCUUGGAUUCAACAAUUUUGUGAGGUUUUCGGUCAUGAUUACUUCGUACAAGUAUCACAAGACUUUAUUGAGGAUGACUUUAAUCUAACAGGUUUGUCCCUGCAAGUACCGUUUUAUAGAGAAGCAUUAUACACGAUAUUAGAUUAUCAAGUGGAAACAGCUGAAGAUCACGCCAAUACCAACAACAAUAAUAGCAUAAGUACAAAUAACAACAACAACAACAACAACAACAGUAAUAGCAAUAAUUCACGAGGGGCAAACAGUACGGGGAAUGGUAACAACAACAAUAGCGGCAGUAACAAAAAGUCAUCUAGCAAUGCGCCUGAAUUACCUAAUAAAGCCCUUUUGGCACAUCUGGCUGAAUUACUAUAUGGAUUAAUCCAUGCGAGAUAUAUUGUGUCUAAACCUGGUCUAACGGCAAUGGCAUCAAAAUUUGAAAAAAAUGAUUUCGGCUCAUGUCCGAGAUACUUUUGUGAUGGAAUGCAUUUGAUACCGGUGGGGUCAACCGAUGUACCGGGUCAAGAAACUGUUCGAUUAUAUUGCCCUUGUUGUAAUGACAUUUACAUACCCUCAAGCUCAAGAUACUUGAAUAUUGAUGGAGCUUAUUUCGGCACCACUUUUCCUGGGUUAUUGGUCAAGAUGUUUCCCGAAAUUGAAAAUCAAUGUCGUAUAAGAAUAAGCAAAUUUAGUGCAAAUGAUUUCGGGUUGAAGUUGUUUGGUUUCAAAAUCAAUGAAUUGAGCUCAACGGGGCCAAGAAUGAAAUGGUUAAGGCAGCAUCCAAAGACUGAGGAAGAUAAGCAAGAAUAUGAAUAUUGUGAGUAUAGUGUACCAAAGUUGAAAUAUUUGGACGGAGAAGGAGGAGAUGACGAAGAAGAUGCCAGUAUGGGUGAAGAAGAGGAUAAUAUGGAGGAAGAAGAAGAUGAUGAUGAUAAAACCAUGGCUAGCGAGUAG